GGUCUACGAGCUCGGCUCUCAGGUUCGGAAGCUCUCCCCUACUGGUAGGGCAAGGCGGUGAUCGCUCAGGAAAGCCGACCGCCGGGCUGGACAAGGACAGGCAGGACGGUCUCGGUUCCACUCGGACGCCUCAGUCCAGUAGCUGAGGCAGCUUCUCCCGCUUCUGGUUCCGCCGUACUCUCCCCGACCUCAGCUGGGCAUGUUUUCCAGGGCCCAGGUGAGGCGGGUUCUGCAGCGCGUGCCCGGAAAGCAGCGAUUCGGCGUCUACAGGUUUCUGCCCUUCUUUUUUGUCCUGGGAGGAACAAUGGAGUGGAUCAUGAUUAAAGUGCGCGUGGGCCAGGAGACGUUCUAUGAUGUCUACCGUAGAAAAGCUUCAGAAAGACAGUAUCAGAGAAGGCUGGAAGAUGCAUCAAAGACUGAACUUCAGCAGUCAAUAAAGUGAAUGUGAAAUUUUACUAGUUUCAA